GAUAUGUCGGUGUUAUCAUGGUUUAUGUUAUCUGAUUAGGCUAUAUAUUGACGUGAGGAUAUCAUGGCAAAGACACAUUUAUUCCAGGUGGAAUAAAACACGAGGAGCAAAGACCUCUAUAAUCACAGGAAUUUACUGACGGACUUAUCAAAAGACUCUUGUGACUAUGCUGCUGGUCUGGGUUACUCUGCUGCUCGCUUCCCAUGGAGUAGCUUGUCUGGACCCGCCAGGGGUGUCGCCCGACCCGUAUGAGGGAGUUCCCUGGAGGAGGCCGCUGUGCUGUGAGCUGCCGGCUGCAUCCGAAGCUGGCACCCCCACGUCAGGCAGCAGCAGUGCUGGAGCUGGCCCAGGGGGCACUGCCCUGAAUACCAACACGCUAAAGUGCCAUGGCAGCAACUCCACUGUGGAGCCGGAGCACGCUGGCACAUUACACAGCAGUACAGCCGUCUGCUUGAACGUCCUGUGCUGGUUUGAUGAGGGGAGGGAAAAUCUAAUUUGUGUUCGAAAGCUACAGAGCGAGCCGACGGCGGACAGGCUUGUCACAAUUGGCCUGCGGCGUUGGCCUGAGGGCACAGACACUGAGGCGAACACAGAUGUCUCCGAGGAGAGCCCAGAGUACCAGUGCACAGCAGACGGUAGCACCUGCUCCAUGGCUUUGGAGAGCCUGGAUAACGAUGUGUCCAUCAUCGUGAAAGUGACCGGCCCCCAAGGCUCAGCUCUAUCACCUGCCAUGCACAUCUCUGUGAAACAGCUAAAUCCUCCUACCAACCUGCAAUACACUGGACGGGUGUUGAGGUGGAGUCCCCCGCAGUCUGAAGCUGAGGCCCUACGCUACCAAGUCCGCUACCUCUCCAGCAAACAGGACGACUGGCAGUUGUUGGCAACUGUAAAUAACUCUUGGCUGGCCCUUGGGGGGCUCCCUGCAGCCACUCUCUACAAAGUGCAAGUGCGGAGUCAGAGUCACAGCCUACAGGUCCAGGAUCAGUGGAGCAACUGGAGCAAGCCUCUCUACAUCUGUCUGAGGAAUGACUCUGAGUGCUACAUGCCCGAGGUGGCCUUCACUCGACCCGGAGCAGCAGUGACCGUGUACUGCACCACGCCGCGCAACGCCUCCAACUUGCACUGGCGGCUCAACAGCAGGGAGAUGCUUCCGAAGAGCCAGUACCGGGUCGUCAGCGAUCACGUGAGCUCCGUCACCUGGACGCCAUCGUCUGCCGGCAUGGAUGUGCUGCUGUGCUGCGAGGGUGUGGCCUCCAGGAUAAUAUGCAGCCUGGCGUACACCAAAGUCUACACCACAGGCAGCUACAACACAGACAUAAUGUGCGAGACCACUGUGGACAAACCGGUCAUGACGUGCACUUGGAGCAAGAGCUUGUGGAGUAAUGAGCAGCUGAUGUACAAGUCGUACCUUGCGCCUUGUGAAGACUUGAAGACGAAAGAGGGGCUCCUGAACGCCACUUCCCAGGUGGCCGAGUGUCCGGCGUCCGGCGGUGAAGCCCAGAAGAAGUGCACCGCCACGGUCCCCAGUGUCCGCCUGAUAGCCUGCUACAAACUAUGGGUGGAAGAGGUGACCGCCCAGGGAAAAGUCAGGUCGAACCCUGUUUAUGUCACGCCUAUGUACUUGGUGAAGCUCAACCCACCCAAAGUGGAGCAGGCCUUCACUACGCCCAACGGAAGUCUGAUGCUAGAAUGGUCUCCGACCAAGUGGGAGGACUCGCUUGACUUGGAGUACAGGGUCCGAUACACAGCUGAUGUAGACAAGGCAAUUCCACAGGUCCUGGAGCCACAGUUGGAUAGGUGGGCUGAGGUGGAGGUGGCCGAGCCCUGUCUGGUCUACAGAGUGGAGGUCUCCUGCAGGUGGCGCAACGUCUCCGGGAACUGGAGCGAGUGGAGCGAGCCUCGCCACUCCAUAAUCGAAAACAGCCUUGCCCCUGAGGAAGGACCAAUUUUCUGGCGACAAUUUAAAGGAGAUCCAGCGAAGAGCCAGGUCAACGUCACCCUGCUUUUCAAGCCUCUUCCUAUUGCUGCCGACCCGCCACUCUGUAUAGACAGACUUGAAGUUCUGCACCGGGCCACAGGGGGCGCUGAGUGGACAACUGAGGUGGAUGUGGGGGCAGCUCAUACAUUCCUGCUGGGGGAGGAACCUCUCAACGUCACCGUUAAGGCACGCAACUCCGCCGGAGACUCGGCCAAGAACAGCAACCUGAUGCUAACCAAGAGCCCUAAACGUCAGAGUGUGCAGACAUUUACUGGCCGGCUCAUAAACAGCACGUGUGUGGAGUUGGAGUGGGCCCGGCUGCCCGGUGGACCAGCUCCAGUGGGCUUUGUCAUCGAGUGGCUGGACCACAGCUGGGAGGCCGCUGAGAAAUUGCAGUGGGUCAGAGUGCCCCCUAGUGAGCGAGCGGUGUAUGUGCACGGGCAUUUCUACAGUUCAGAGCAGUACAAGUUCACACUCUUCGCACUCUACGAGGACGGAGAGGGGAAACCUGCCCAGUUCAUUUUGUCCAGAGAUGACCCUGCAGCAUACAUGCUGCUGAUGAUCAUCGCUUUUCUGGCUGUGGUGCUCUUUGUCACCCUUGUCAUCUCACAGAAUCAGAUGAAGAAGAUGAUGUGGAAAGAUGUUCCAGAUCCUAACAAAUGUUCUUGGGCUCAGGAUGUCAAUUUCAAAAAGAUUGAGAACAUCGAAAGCUUAUUCAAGCACCCCGAAGGCCUCACCGCCUGCCCACUGCUGUUUGUAUCCGAGGUCAUAUCCGAGGCGGAGAUUGUGGAUAAGACUGUCCCCGCGGCCUUGAGGAAAGCCAAGGAGCUGGAGGUAGUGUGCGGGGAAACCACCGCCAUGUUGCUCACCGAUGGUGACCGGCUGUCUGAUUCAACCACCUCUGGGGGAUCCUCGGGCAUCUCGGAGGCCCUGGACUCCUCAGGCCAGUCCUCGGUGUCGGGCCAAUCCUCCGUGACGUACGCCACGGUCGUGCUGAACGACAACAAGCCCGGCGGCCGCCAACACCACCACAAGAACCUGGAGAACCUCAGCAACUCCAGCGACGAGGGCAACUUCUCCGCCAACAACUCCGACAUCUCCGGUUCCUUCUCCGGAGGCCUCUGGGAGCUGGGACGCUCGGCUCUAGAACCCACGGAACCGGACCACCGGCACUCCUGCUCCUACAACUCGGUCGAGGAGUUCUCCGAGGGGGAGGAAGAAGAAGAGCAAGAGGGAGAGGAAGAUGUCUUAGUGGGACGAAAGCUGUCAUCAGAACUGUACUAUCUGGGUAUCGGUGCUCAGGAUGAUGAUGAUGAUGGUGAUGAGAGUGGUGAUGACGAUGCUGUUGAUGGUGAUGAUGAAGAUGAGGAGGAGGAGCAAACGAUGAAGCUUGAGAACUCAGACGUGAGCUCUCCGAUACAGCAGGAGCUUGUGGCCUGUGUGGAGGCCAGGUUGGACGCCGAGUGUCCCGCCUUGUCCCGUCGCCAGUCCAAAACGAGCUGCUCGUCUCCAACGGGUCUGCCACAAUCCUACUUGCCCCAGUUCCGCACAGCCCUCUCGAAUCCCACCAGCAGCUGGUCAGAAGACGAUGGCGUUCCACUGUGAAUGCACGGACAGGGCCUACCCCCACCCCCACCCCCACCCUUCGAUUGAAUGAAUCGGAUGGGUGCCCCAUCUCCGUUUCCUCUUUACAGGGAAGAGGCAAGGAGGAGAUGCGAGAAGGACAAGACUGCGCUCUGGUCACUAUUCACCUCAACACUACACAGUCAUCUGUACAUCUGCCUUGACUUAUUAAGUGAUGUACUGUACAUGAAAGCACAACACUAAGCCCGAAGUCAUCAAAGGUGUAACAUAGUGAUAUUAAGAGUUAAAUGCUUGUGGUCUCUGUAAGGACGGUAUUGAUGGGCCAUUGGAUACAGAUACGACGACGGCAAAGUUUUGCACCUUGAAUUGCCUUGCAGAAGGCAAAAAAGACUGCACGGUUCUGAAACAGAGCUGAGAAUGAAGCAGCUUGUCAAAGCUGGUUGGAGUGGAAAUUAAACGGGCAGGAGUGAGAAAUGUGGACAUUUUGAAGCCCAGCAUAAAAGCUGCUGUUUGAUAAAUUGUUGAUUUGUCCGAGGAGCUAUUUGUGGAAAUACUGUCACUACCAGCAUUUGCAUUGACAUCAGUCAAGAAAUGAAUGUUUUGUUGUUGUUACAUAUUGUCAUGUACUUUUUGUCAUGUAAACUGGUCUCAAAAACUGAUGUGCCAUCUAUUUUUGUCAUAAUUGCUGUGUUUACCAAAAGCCAGUUACACCGAGAUCAGUUGAAUGUAUAAUGGACGAUGGACAGUAAAUCGUGUACAGUACAUAAAGAUGUAAGAAAACUUUUGUCUAUUUUUGUGGUUCAAAUAAA